AUUAGAUUCUCUCCUGUGUUCUUUGAAAAAAAUGGUGAGGAAACGCUCUAAAGGACCAAUCCAAUUACAUCGUUCACAGGAAUCAUGCCAGAGGUCAAUUCUCUCGUAAAUGAAUUCUUAAUCAAGCUCAAAAAGCGUAAAAUUGAGGGGUCGAAGGCCACGGCGAAGUUAACAGCGGAAGUGCUCCGGUCGUUCAUAUCGCAGAAAAGACUGCCCCACACUAACCAAGCGGACGCUCUCAUUGAGGCCGUUAAAGCUGUCGGAGAGGAGCUCAUAGACGCCAAUCCUGUGGAGCUAGCUGUCGGUAAUAUCGUGAGACGUGUUCUACAUAUCAUACGAGAAGAAGAUCUUUCUCUCACUACAGCUGCUGUAGGUGGAUUAAGUUUGUCAGCAGAAAGUGACAAUGAAGAUGAUGUGGAUCAAGAUGAUCAUCCAGCCCUUUCAGCUACUGCUGUAGCAGCUGCUGCUAGAAGCACUCUGAGACCACCUUCGUUGCAGACUCUUCUUGAGGACAUGCCUCACUCAACCGCUGUGCCUCAGACAUCUUCUUCUGGGGGUGAUUCUGAAGGAAAAAGCAAAUCUGCUGAUAAGAAUUUGAAGACUCGGAAGCUCAAGCAUAAUGUCAUCGAGGCAGUUAAUGAACUCAUUCAAGACAUUUCUACUUGCCAUGAACUAAUUGCUGAACAGGCAGUUGAGCAUAUACACCAAAAUGAGGUUAUCUUGACUUUAGGAAGCUCAAGAACAGUAACAGAAUUCCUAUGCGCUGCGAAGGAGAAAAAGAGAUCAUUCAGAGUUUUUGUUGCGGAGGGAGCGCCAAGAUAUCAGGGACAUGCUCUCGCAAAAGAACUGGCUGCAAGGGGACUACAGACUACAAUUAUUACUGAUUCUGCAGUUUUUGCAAUGAUUUCCCGAGUCAACAUGGUUAUUGUUGGCGCACAUGCUGUAAUGGCCAAUGGUGGGGUUAUAGCUCCAGUGGGGAUGAAUAUGGUGGCCCUAGCAGCUCAAAGGCAUGCUGUCCCUUUUGUCGUACUCGCUGGCGUUCACAAGUUGUGUCCUCUGUACCCACAUAACCCAGAGGUCUUACUGAAUGAGCUGAAAUCCCCAUCCGAGCUGCUGGACUUUGGAGAAUUUUCAGAUUGUUUGGAUUUUGGAUGUCGCUCUGGUUCACCUCUCCUUCAUGUUGUUAAUCCUGCAUUUGAUUAUGUUCCACCGAAUCUCGUUAGCUUAUUUAUUACAGACACAGGUGGGCACAAUCCUUCAUACAUGUACCGACUCCUUGCUGAUUAUUACUCUGCCGAUGAUUUAGUAGUGCGACGGAGAUCGGCCUCUUGAAAUGCAGUUAACUACAUCUGUUUAUUAAACAUGUUGGGUUUUGAGCUUGUGGUAGUAGAUGCCUGUCAGAAGCUGCGGUUAUGGAUAAGAACAUGUCCCGUAUAAAGAGAAAAUGGAUGGAGGUUUUUUAUCCUUUUGAUUGCGAUGAAGUGCAUUGUUGAAACAAAAUCAGUCUUUACAUUUUUAUAUGUAGUUGAAUUCUAUAAUGAUGGUGAAAUAGUGUCCUUCAUGCACAAAAUUGUCCAGAGUUGUAUUGGCAUAUGAAAUUUUGGAAUCAUUUUGCAUUGUCGAAAAACUUGUGUAGGAUGUUUGGUUGUUAAGUUUCUAUAUUUGCAUAUGGAAAGAUAUUAUUUUCCCCA